GAGAGAAAUUAGGUUUUAGUCUUUUUACACUUGUGGCAAAGGCUAUUUAGAGUUUAUAAAACUUUGGGGGUGCAAAAUGAAAAAUGGGAGGUGCACGAAAAAAGCCCUCAACGGUUUUUUCAUAAGCUUCUGUUUCGGCACCUAGAUUCCGCACCAGGAUUCAACACCCAGUUUAUCUGUGCCUUCAUUACUUAACGGUGUCUGCCUUACUAACAAGCACACACACCGUUAACAUGUCUUCCUUUUCCUCCUUCAGAACCCGAUCCUCACCGUUCAUCGCCCAAAGCUUCUCGAUCCAUCGGUUCCAGAUCCGCCACUCCUCUACCUCUUCCCCCGCCUCCUCGCUCCUCAACACCGCCGACCCAGUCCGAACCGGUUUCGGUCGAACUGCACUUUCGACCGCCCUGGCCGGCUCUGGUGUCCUAGGUCUUCUUCUGUUCGGCUUCUACUCUUUUUCGCCUACUUUAAAUUUUGAAUCCAUCGCUUCUCUAGUUGACCGGUCAACACCGAAUUCUGAAGAUCAAAAACCACGUCGCACCUUCUUUCCCAAAUUUUCACUUCCUGAAAGUUCUGGCUUGCUACUUGGAGAUGAGUUCAGGAGAAAUAUUUUCUUCAACUAUGAGAAGCGUAUGCGGUUGCGAAGUCCUCCGGAAAAGGUUUUUGAGUACUUUGCAUCUGAUCGCAGUCCAAAAGGAGAAGUACUGAUGAAACCAGCAGACCUGAUGCGGGCAGUGGUUCCUGUUUUCCCUCCAUCUGAAUCCAACCUUGUUAGAGAUGGAUACUUGGAAGGAGAAAGGAGUCCGGGUCAUUUACGCUGCCCUCCUUCUGAAUUUUUUAUGCUUUUUGAUGUAAACGAUGAUGGGCUUAUAUCUUUUAAAGAGUAUAUCUUUUUUGUAACACUACUCAGCAUCCCGGAAUCAAGUUUUACAGUGGCAUUUAAAAUGUUUGAUAUCAACAAUAAUGGGGAAAUAAGUAAGGAAGAGUUCAAGAAAGUGAUGGCAUUGAUGCGAUCUCGUCAUCGACAGGGUGUUCACCACAGGGAUGGACUGCGAACUGGCCUAAAGGUGAACCAUUCUGUUGAAGAUGGAGGGCUGGUGGAAUAUUUUUUUGAUAAAGAUGGAAAUGGAUGCCUCCAGCAUGAUAAAUUUGUUAAAUUUUUGAGAGACUUGCAUGAUGAGAUUCUGAGACUGGAGUUUGCUCAUUAUGACUACAAAUCACAACAAACCAUAUCAGCCAAGGACUUUGCACUCUCCAUGGUUGCUUCUGCAGACAUGAGUCAUCUAAGCAGGUUGCUUAAACGGGUUGAUAUGUUGAAUGAUGAUCCAUGCCUCAAGGAUGCACGUAUCACAUUCGAGGAUUUCAAAAACUUUGCAGAGCUACGAAAAAAAUUGUUGCCAUUUUCAUUGGCUGUUUUUAGUUUUGGAGAAGUAAACGGUCUGUUGACAAGAGACGAUUUUCAGAGGGCAGCAUCACAGGUAUGCGGCAUAUCUCUCUCGGACAAUGUGGUUGAAAUUGUUUUCCAUUUGUUUGACACAAAUCGGGACGGAAAUCUAAGUUUUGGUGAGUUUGUGAGGGUGCUACACAAGCGAGAAUGGGACAUUGCACAACCCGUGGAGAAAGGAAUCAUGGGUUGGUUAUCAUGCUUCUGGAAUUCUAGUAAUAACAGCUUCUCAUCUUCUGGGUUGUUUUCCUGAUGUAGAAAAGUUAUUCACAAACAUUUCAAGUAAAGACAAAACAGAAGGGAUUGGAACCGUUGGGGGAAGUAAAUAUUGAAAGAAAAAUAAAGGAAAAGACGGGCAGUGGUUUUGGUCUGGGACUUGAAGUUUACCGUAAAAUCCAUUUGUCAAAACUGGUCUUCCUGAUAUAAUCUCAAUUUGCAAGUACCCUCAAAGAAAAGGUGGUCACAGAAAUAUUUUCCUUUUGAUAGUUCAGACAUAUCCAACAACUAUGUUGCAACUGCAAAAUCAAUGUUAUGCCCUUUACCAAGGAGGUCAACCCCUUAGCACCUGGAAAUAUUUUGCCAUGUAUGUACCCCAGCUUGUAAUCUGCGCUCAGCAUUCACUAUCAAUGUCUGAGGUAGUAAAUUUACUGUUUCCGAAUGCCUACGAUUGUUCUUAUCUGCAGUGUAUGUUGAUCUAAUGUGAUACCUAACCCUAUAUGGGUACGACACUUACAAGCCCUUAAGUAAUAAUGCACAUUACAGAAUGCAGCCAGCUAUAUUGCCUAGAGAAAACUGAUGGAACAAGUUACAAUGUAUUAAAUAUACACUACAAUGUACUUCUUUCUUUCCUCAUGUAUUGAUGUCAUGCAUAUAUUAUGAAAUA